UCACAUAGCUCUGUCUGGUCGCCGCAAAUCUGAAUGAGCCGCACAGCGAUGGGGAUCACUAUGGACCGGGGCUCAAAUAUCUCUCAACAAGGCGUUUGACAGAGACAGAGAAAGAGAGAAAAACAACAGAGCACGGAAAACAACAAAACGCACUGAGCCUGUUUUUAUUAUUUUUUUUUUUUUUUUUUUUUUUUUUGUAUGAUUGUUAUUUAUUUUUAAAAACUAAACAUAUUUGGGACGCACUGAUAACCGUUAUAGGAUAACAACAAACGCCUGGUUUAAAUUUGCAUCUUUGAUUCGGAAACCAAGGGGAGCCUGUGUUUAGGGAUUACUGUGCACUCUUUCUGAAGACGGAUUACCUUGUCACACUAACAGCCGGAACAUCGAACUCGGAGGUCUCUUCAACAACUCCUCACCACAACAUGUGCUGUCAAUCUUUUUCUAGAUGGAGGUAGCCCCGCUGAGCGCUCCAUCGCCCUUGUCGAUCCACGUGGCUGUCCUAGAACCAUGCUGUGACCUUUGUUUGAUGUCUUCAUUGCUCUAGUUACUGACACACUUUGCAGCCAGUGACAGGCUUUGACCCUGAAGCUUUGACAUUGCUGUAGUAAAAUGGCCUCGGAGGUGCAGGUGACCUGAAAGUAAGGAUUAGCCCAUCCCGGCUCUAUUCUCUUCCGUGGCUGGGACCAUGGUGUUUUAAAAGGGAUUCUCGUCGACCAUGAAAGGGUUAGGAGCCAACCGCAGCCGCCACCUGUCCGACAGCUGCGAUCCGUCCGCGGGCCACCAGGAACUCAUGUACCCCUCAUCAGCGGACCCUCGCAGCCCCUACCUGCUGAGCCCGAACAUGGACCACUAUGGGGGAUUGGAUGCCUCACACCACUUCCCCCCUCCCACCCCCAGCUCCCUGACAUCAGACUACCUGCUGCCUCUCAACAACCAGCUCUCCAACAGCAGCACCUUCCCACGGAUCCACUACAACCCCCACUUUGACACUCGGCAGCCAGACCUGACCCCGGGAGGAGGCAGCAUCGGAGGCAUCAGCACCGGCACAACUCUGGCCACCUCCAUGUCUAUGGGCAUGGCCGGGAGAGGCACGGCUGGUAGAAGCAUGAUCACCAGUGGCUCGGCGACCAUCUCGGCAGGGAGCAAGAUGAACCGGCUGCCAGCCAACCUGUUGGACCAGUUUGAGAAGCAGCUACCCAUCCACCGGGAUGGCUUCAGCACACUACAGUUCCACCGUGGAGCGGCUUCCAAGCAGCGCAGCGACAGCCCGGGCCGCAUCCGCUACCUGGUGAACUCUGUCCAAAAGCUGUUCGCCAAGUCUCAGUCCCUGGAAGGCUCUGCCAAGGGCAGCGUCAAUGGGCGCUUCUCCAACAGCAGUGGCAGCGAGGACCCCAAACAUAACCGGCGCAGCAAGAGCAAGGACCGGGCCAAGACGGAGAGCAGCAAGCAGCGGGUGAGCUCCAACAUAUCAGGCUUCUGGAGCUCCGACGAUAACCUCGACGGGGACGCCAGCAGCUACCGCCAUCCCACAGCACCUAUGACUCUUGGAAGGUGCCAGACGGACAACCAGGGGCCGUCCAAGUACUUCAUGCAUGCUUACAACACCAUCAGUGAGCACACGCUCAAGACCUCCAAGAGCAGCAAUGACCUCAAGUUCCAAGCCUGCCCUACCCUGCCGGGGCCUGGAGAAGGUGGAGGUGGGGGAGUGGAGGACAGCAAGCAUAUGAAGCGUGGCUCAUGGUCCACACUUACACUCAGCCAGGCACAGCAGGUCUGCCAAAAGGGCUCGGCCACCAUCGACAGAACCCGGCUCAAGUCCAAGUCCUGUCACCAAGACCUGGCCUGUCAAUACCUGAAGUUGGCAUCCUCACAGGUGCCUGCAGGGCUGCUGAACAGCACACUAUCACGGGACCGGGCCGGUGGCUCCAGCCAGAUCCCCUGCCGACGGAUGCGCAGCGGCAGCUAUAUCAAGGCAAUGGCGGACGAAGACAGUGAGGACUCUGAGGGGAGCCCCAAGCCCUCCCCAAAAACCGCUGCCCGCAGACAGAGCUAUCUGAAGGCUACGCAGCAGUCCCUGAGCGAGCAGCUCCCCCCACGCAACUGUCUCCCUUCUCUGAGGGAGAUGUCAAACAAUCGCAGCCUGGAUAACCUGGACUGUAUCGGGGUCCCAUCAGGAUCCACCUACCAGUGCUGGGAAGAUGAGGAUUUCAGCCAGGCCAGCAACACUUUGGGCAAGAACAGCUGCAUCAGCCAGGUGCAGCAGCUGGAGGUCCACAGUCAAUACGAAGAAAUGUGUGAGUCAGUCUUCAGUGAAAUGGACUCCCAGGCAGUGCAGGUCCUGGACUUGCCCCUGCCCACCUGUUUCCGAUCCCGGAGCCACAGCUACCUGCGUGCCAUCCAGGCAGGCUGCUCCCAGGAUGAUGACAUGACCUCCAUCAGCUCCGAGUCGCCCCCGCCCAUCUCCACUGUCCGCACCUUCAGCACCAGCACCAGCUCCACAUGUAUAACGACCUAUAAGAAGACGCCCCCUCCCGUGCCCCCUCGCACCACCUCCAAACCUUUCAUUGCGGUGACAGUGCAGAGCAGUACCGAGUCAGCUCAGGACAUCUACCUGGACAACCAGGACCGCAAGAGUGAGGCCAACAGCCAAUCAGGGCUCAGCAACUCGUCAGACAGCCUCAACAGCACCCGGGCUAACAGCCUGGCUAAGGGCAGGCAGGCCACUCCCCCUGUCGCCACCCCCCGAGAGGUCCCGCCCCACAACAACCCCGCCCUCACGGCCCCCAGAGACACCCAGUAUGACACUCUAAAGACUGACAAGGGGACCGUGACCACUGAGGAACCCAGAGCAGAGCUCGUUCCCAAGAGGAAGCUCUCCUCCAUCGGCAUACAGGUGGACUGCAUUCAGCAAGUCCAGAGAGAGGAACUCCCACCCUUAACCAGGUUCCAGUCAAUCGGAGUGCAGGUGGAAGACAGCUGGCAGCAAAGCCGCUCCAGCAGCAUGACAUCCAAGCAGGAGACAGACUCCAACAUGCAAAACCUCAGCAAUUGCAAGUCCUCUGACAAAGGGACGGGCACCAGCAGCCAAUCGGUGGAGUGUUCCACGCAAGGCAGUGGCGAUGGUGAGGGCGGGGGCAAGGGCAAGGCUGGGCCCACGCGGCAACUGUCCAAUUGUAUGGGCACGCGGAGCAGCAGCUCCUCCUUCUCGGAGAGUCUGGACCCUGCCCUAGAUCCAUCAUCCCUGCCCCCGCCGGACCCCUGGCUGGAGACGGGGAGCAGCGGCGCCCCCAGCGGGCCGGCUCAGCCCGGCGCACCCACCUGCCGCCGAGAUGGCUACUGGUUCCUCAAGCUGCUGCAGGCAGAGGCUGAGCGCAUGGAGGGGUGGUGCCAGCAGAUGAACCAGGAGACUAAAGAGAACCAGCUCUCCGAGGAAGUCCUGGGGAAGAUCCGCAGCGCAGUGGGCAGUGCACAGCUUCUCAUAUCGAAGAAAUUCCAGCAGUUCAGAGGGCUGUGUGAACAAAACAUGAAUGCGAACGCAAACCCGCGGCCCACUGCACAGGACCUGGCAGGCUUCUGGGACCUGCUCCAGCUCUCCAUCGAGGACAUCAGCAUGAAGUUCGACGAGCUCUACCACCUGAAGACCAACGACUGGCAGCUUGUCGAGUCGCCGGACAGGAAGGAAGGGAAAAAGCAGCCCCCCCCAGUGCCAAAGAAACCCUCCAAGCCGAAGCCAGCAGCUAGCCGAGAGAAGGGAGACUCGUCGGUGGACAAGCAGAGGCAGGAGGCUCGCAAGCGGCUGAUGGCAGCCAAGCGGGCAGCAUCGGUGCGGCAGAACUCUGCUACGGAGAGCGCCGACAGCAUCGAGAUCUACGUUCCAGAGGCACAGACCCGUCUCUGAGCCCCGCCCCUGCCACGUGAACCCACCACCGAGCCAACGAUCGGCAGCGUUACCCAUGGAACCGAGGAGGAGGCUGGACCUCGUGGCAGCAAAAAAAUAAUAAUUCUACAGAGGACAUUUAAAAACAGAUUGUGGCUCUCCUGUCAUGAAGCUGCCAUGAAAACCUCAACAGACUUCAUUAUUAUAUCUGCUAAACUAAACUACGAUAUCAAACUGUCUUAAUGUUAUAAUAUCUCGGAUAAGAGUUCCUCUACCGCUCAGACUUAAGCAUCAAUGCCCCCCUCACAUCUGUGCACGCCUGUACCUGUUGACACCCCCCCCCACACAGACAAACACACACACACACACUCCUCCACCACUAACCGCAGUCUACUCCAGGUCUUUCCAUUACUUUGUGUUUCCGCAUGACAGUCUUUAGGCACACCUUCUGGUCACCUGCAAACCUGGAUCAGGUAGUUUUUUAGUUUCUUUAAAGCGUUUUGGGUUUUUUUUGAGUGGGACUGAAAGAGGUCAGGAAUAGCAGAAAUGUCUGACAGACUUGUGGGACAUACAAGAUCAUACGUACAAGAUGUGAGCUUUGGUCGCUCCUGGUUUUUAUAUUUGUUAUGGACAUAGCCAGUUAUGUAUACAGAAUGCGCUGUACGUGUGUUUUGCAACGUGUAGAAAACGCAUUUUCUAUGCAUGUGUGGCUUUCUGUCGUAUUGCCACACCUGCUCUUUUCACAUCACCCACCCACCCCCCAGGUCAUAAAUUGCAGUUUGGCAAGAAUGGAAUUUUCGCUGGAGUAUAGAGUGAAUAAGGGUUAUUACAAGUGUGCUAAAUUAAUGUGGGGAGGAUAAAAACAGCUUUGGCAAGAGCAGAUUUGGUACACAUGUCUGAGAGAAGGGCAUCAAUACAUGCAGUCAAAUCAAGGGAUAUUUGUUUGAGGAUGAUCCUUGCCUGGCAGGUUUUGUGUGGUUAUUUGAUUUCCGGGACAGUUUCUUCUCUUUCUCUGGCUGUCUUAAUAGAAACCGUAUUAAACAUUCAGGAACAAACUGCAACGUCGUCAUGAGGCACAAACUCAUCGUUCAAUGCUAGACUAAACUUGUCCUCUUCAUGAGUGUGUAUGUGGGCUGAAAAAUACACCGUUUAAUUAGACCGCUGCUUUAAGAAUACACAUUUAAAUAUACAAUAUGAAUGUCUGUACAUACAAUAUUUAAAAUGUUCCCAUUUUCAAUCCUGCGCCAGAUGAAAUCCUUUGGAAAUAUACAAGACUUUGCCAGCCAGGAAUAAUCUUCAAGGACUAAGACACACCUGUCUCUCUGUGAGUUUGCAUACUGUAUGCUGAUAGUAUUUUUAUGAAUGUGUAAUGUGACCACUAGUCAAGCCUAGCUGGAGUUUCCUGUGGAGAUUGCUCCCCUGCUGGCUAUCCGUCAGCACUGUGUUGGAACCUCCCUGUUCUGUGCUGAAAUUCUCAAUAAAGGGGAAACACUAUAGGCUUUUUAAUCCUUUUAAUGCAUGGCGACCUCGUAUGUGGAUGGAUUUAAAAAAAAAAAAUUAAAUUCUAGCCUUUAUGUGGGAAACGAAUGCUUUGAGGAUGACAUUUUUUGCCCAUAUAAAGCUAAAUAUAUUGUUAUUAUUAUCGAGGACUGAAAGAAUCAACAACAGCCUCCCCCUCCCCCCGACAAUGGCAGCAGCUUCAAUGAGCCACUGGAAGUCAUUACUGAGGCGUUGAGCACAGUGCAUGGGAGGCUUUUUGAUGUAUCAUUCCUAUUGGUUUCUUACAAUGGAUAGUCCUUGUGAUGUUCAAAUGAGACAGAUUGUACACACUUGUGGAAACCCAGCAGCUUUAUCUUGAAGCAGAAGGGGGGGGGGCCAGAACAGUUUUUUGCACUAGCCAGAUCCUAAUAUAACCGGACCCAUGAACUAAGUCCGCUGUAACCCCAUGCCGUGAGCCCUGAAGAUCAUUAUAUAUAAUUCCAGUGCCAAUGUUUGAUUGUUCACACCUACCCCAAAACAUGAUUCCUGGAAUGCAGACAGCCAAUAGUACAGCCCUAGUGGCUUGUGUAUGCUGGAAAUCAAUGCAGAUUUAAAAAACAUGACGUGUGAACAUUGUGACAACAAAAAUAUGAACUGGAUUAGCGCCUAGGAUAUGAAUUGAGAAAGUGCUGUAAAGCAGUGCUUGGUUAUAAAUGAACAGGACCUGGUUAGAACAAAGACCUAAGUUGGCCUCUGGGAGGUGAUGUUUUACAUAUUGGUUCUCUCCAUUUUUAUUAUGUAGUGAAGGCCAUAUUCCAGCUUCCAUUCAAACAGUAGGGAGGAGAUUGUCUAUGUGAUGUACAUGUCCACCUGUGAAUUAAAGGGUUAAAUGAAUAGCCAACCCAGAGUACUUUUGAAGUCUGCUGAAAAAAUGAAA